AUGUAUUGUUGUCCACCGAUGCCAGCCGCGCCAUGUCCGCCAGCAUGUCCACCGAAACCGACGAAAGAUUCCUCCUCCAAGUACUACAGGGAGAUAGGGACGGCCAUGAUCGGCAAUCAGCUGAUAAUUCGCAUGGAGAAGAAGAAAGGUAAAUCGAAGAAAUCCCGCGACUGGGAUCCUCCGUGCGACUGCGACGUGGUGGAGAUACAGAGGCCCUCGAGCAAGGAGGGUCCUAAAAUACUGAAGGGGCCUGAUAACAAUAGGAUCCUGUUUCGAGUCGAGUCCAAGUCCUACUUGUCCAGGAAGGACGAUAGAGACUCCAUGCCUCACGCGAUCUCUUACGAGGUUGGUCGGUGCACGGGAGGUCCGAACACGAACGACCAGUGCAGAACGUUCACCAUAUACCCCGUGAUGAAUCGUCCGGGGUCCCAGGAAGUGCACACGGAUCGCGUGACCGAGGGCGACCAAAACGUGUUCAUGUUGAGGGUGAAGAAGAUGCCAUCUUCCAGCGAUCAACCGAAGAGGAACGUCGAGCUGGAGCUCAGGACUCCGAAACCGCCGACGCAACUGGAAGUACAGCAAGCCAAGGAGAGUGUCCUCGGAUCGGAAAGGAAGGACCAGAAGAAGCUCGUACCUGAAGAAACGUCGAAGAAGGACGAGGCGAUCUCUCCCUGCGAUUUUCAAUUUUCCACCGAGAAAGAGCCGAGAAGAAAGAAGAGGAAGAAACGAUGCUGGGCGAUCCCACUUCCAAAGGUCCGUCAUAUCGACAAACCAGCGACCAUUUAUCGCCACUGUAAAAUGUAA